CCAAUCUGAGGUAGGAGAAGCACCCCCUCCUCGCAUCGCGUCACGCCCCCACCACCACUGCCGUAGGCUUCUCUCCGGCGCUCCCACUCGGCCGCACGCUCAGCCUCAGCAUGCCACCGCCAUCGCCGUCUCGCCCGCUAUUGCCCGCUUCCCGCUGUCCCCUGCACCGCUGCCGCUUGUAGGCUCCUCCACCUCCGCCGCCUCCUCGAGCUCUGUCGCGCGAGGCCAUUUUUUAGUGGGGAAUGCGAUGUCCACUUUCUCAUCUCCUGUGGCCUGCACCAUUUGCGUACAUCACUAGGGCCUCAAUCAUUGAACACAGGGGUCAUCGGCUACCAGCGCUAGGAUCAUGUGUGACCAAUCGCUGCUUGCGAUUUGCGAACCGCCGGAUCAAGGCGUGGGAGCAAAGCUUUAGCUGCCAAAGGGGCGGAAGCGGAAGAGGGCAGCACAUUCUGUAGUCUCUAUCCAUUUUUUGGCACCAUAAACGAGCCAAUCGUAUCAAAAAUUUUAUCCAAAGCAAUCUAAAGCCACCUCUCGAGUGCAGGGAUGUCAAGCUACAAGAAACUCUCACAGAUAAAGAAAAGAAGGUUGACCCUCCACUUCAAUCUCCUCCAAAAAGCCGCCGAGGAGCGUAAAAUAGAUUUGCUUGCACCCGCACAUUCCGGGCGCAGCCGUGCAGCCAACCAAUCAGAAAUGCAGGCGCAGUCAACACUCGUGAGGAGCCUAGGCGUUGAGAGCUGGGCAACCAAUCACACGGUAAUUGUAUGCACCCAUGCACAGGUCGAGGAGGCUCCUGUGUCUAAUUGUGUGCAGCAAGUCAAAGAGUCUCGAUUGAGCCUAGCAUGAGCAAUAGGGGCCACUCAGGCUAGCCAAGGAGACUGCCUACGAACCAACACAAAGGUCCACAAUUCUGAUCCUUUGUAAACAAAGGACAUAGGCAAGUCAUCCUUGGCUAUCAGAGGCAGGCCCUUAUUGACAUGUAAGGCUUCUGCUCUGCUUGUCACCUCUAGCUAGCUUGGUAGCUUCUGUGACUGGUCUGUUGUGCUCCUUCCAUGGAACAUCUAUUUAUACAUGUAUCUCGUAGAGAGAACCGUAUCAUUUUUUCCUUUUUUUUGUUGUUGUUCCAGGACAUCUUAUUCUCUAAUUGGAUAGCAGCAUAUAUUCUAGCUUUCUUACUAUAUGGAAACUUGGAUGGCCUUGCUCGAGGCACGAGUAGAUGUCAACGAUAGUGACAGCAAUCCUAAUAUAUAGAGUGAGUGUU